UCUGAGAGACAUUUCACCUCAUAAAAGUUCAUUAUCUUAAAAAGGUUUUCCAUAUUUCAAAGUAGAAAACCCCUCUUCGUAAGUUAGCUCACUGGCACUGCUGCUUCAACUCACUCCCAAGUUUCCUCCUUUCUCACAUAUAAGCAAUGCCAACGUAAGUUUCAGCAAUCAGCCUUCAUUUAUUUCCCCCUCAAAUCCGAAUGGUUUCUCUUGAUGGUCAGGGAUAUUGCACCAAGGCUUUCAAUAUGCUCUUAGAUUGUGAACCUCUUGCCUUCAUCUUUUCCAUUUAGUGUUGCAAAACAUUAUUGCAGCUGUCUCAUUGAUACAUUGACUGCUACUCAGAGUUAUUGAGGGGCAAAAAUGAGUACACAUAGUACGUUGGAUAUUGUUGUAAAUGAUAUACUUCGAGUGGUCACACCAGUACAAGAAGAUUGGGAGAUACGAUUUGCAAUUAUUAAUGAUUUACGAAGUAUUGUUGAAUCUGUGGAAAGCCUGAGAGGAGCAACUGUUGAGCCAUUUGGAUCAUUUGUAUCUAAUCUCUUCACGCGAUGGGGUGACUUGGAUAUUUCAAUUGAGCUAUCAAAUGGUUUGCAUAUUUCAUCUGCUGGGAAAAAACAAAAACAAACUUUCUUGGGGGAUGUUUUAAAAGCUUUGAGAAUGAAAGGUGGAGGGAGCAACUUGCAGUUCAUCUCCAAUGCACGAGUGCCCAUUUUAAAAUUUAAAAGCUACCGGCAGGGUGUAUCUUGUGACAUUUCAAUUAAUAACCUGCCUGGUCAAAUGAAAUCCAAGAUUUUGCUUUGGAUCAACAAGAUAGAUGGCCGUUUUCAUCAUAUGGUUUUACUGGUCAAGGAAUGGGCCAAAGCACAUAAAAUCAAUAACUCGAAAGCUGGAACUUUCAACUCCUAUUCACUAAGUUUGCUUGUGAUAUUUUAUUUUCAGACAUGUAUUCCUGCAAUUUUUCCACCGCUUAAAGAUAUAUACCCUGGCAACAUGGUUGAUGAUCUUAUAGGCGUUAGAUCUGAUGCAGAGAAUCUUAUUGCACAAACAUGUGAUGCUAACAUAAACCGGUUCAUAUCAAACAGGGCAAGGUCAAUUAACAGAAAAUCUGUGGCUGAGCUUUUUGUUGAAUUCAUAGGAAAGUUUGCUAAGAUGGAUUCAAUGGCCGUGAAGAUGGGAAUUUGCCCCUAUUCUGGAAAAUGGGAACAAAUAGAGGACAAUAUGAUUUGGUUACCCAAGACUUAUGCAAUAUUUGUUGAGGAUCCUUUUGAGCAGCCACAAAAUACUGCAAGAUCCGUUAGCGCAGGACAACUGAAGAAGAUAACUGAGGCAUUUGCAAGGACGCAUGACUUGCUUACCUCAACAAAUCAGAAUCAAAUUUCACUUUUGUCCAACAUGGCACCUGCGCAUGUUAUAAGAUGUAUCACAAGGCCUUAUGGUGGAGGUUACUUUCACCCAACUCAGCCACAAGUGCAGAGGGCCAUACGCCCACAACUGCAGUCGCAACGUCAUUUUCAAAAUGUCAGUCAAGGAACAAGCUCCAACAGUUCAUCUUCAAAAGGACAUACAUUGGUGCAUAGAGGCCAACAGAUAUGGAGGCCAAAGAGUUAAAAGGGGAUCUCUAUUACUCCGAAAAUGCCAUGGUUUUAGCUUUGAACAGGUUUUUACUAUUGCCUUUCAGUUUACUUGUUAACACAAGUGAUUGAAAGAAUGGGAUUUUGAUUUUUUUUGUGCCCUUGUGGAUCAAAAAGUGAUCAACCGUGUAUAUUACAUGAGGUUUUGGUGGGGCAUUAUAUUGACGUUUUUACAACUCUUAUGUACUUGUGGUAAUAUUCGGAGCAUGCAAGAGUUUAAAAUGUGCAACUUUGCAUAUGAACCACAAAUUAUUUUGCUCUUUUACCAAGUCGCAUUAUAGUGGUAUUGGUAACCGACAAAGAUUUAAUAAGGGUAAUAGAGAUAAGGCGUUGUUGUUGUUGUUGUUGUUGUAAUAGAGACUUAUAAAUGUCGUAACGCACUUUUGACA